AUGUGCCGGGUCACGUGGUGCGGUGAUGAUGGCGGCGGUGUGGACGUUGCUCGCGUUGAUGGCGGCAGCCGACGGCGGGACCGCGCCCAACCUCCUCCUCCUCCUCAUGGACGACAUGGGAUGGGGUGACCUCGGUGUUUUUGGGGAACCUUCCAGAGAGACUCCCAACCUGGACCGAAUGGCUGCAGAAGGAAUGUUGUUCACAAACUUCUAUGCUGCCAACCCACUCUGCUCCCCGUCCCGGGCGGCUCUGCUAACCGGCCGACUACCCGUCAGAAACGGGUUCUAUACCACCAACGCCCAUGCCCGCAACGGGUACACUCCGCAGGAGAUCGUAGGUGGAAUUCCUGAUUCUGAGAUUCUGCUGCCAGAGCUCCUGCGGAAGGCAGGAUAUUCCAGCAAGAUCAUUGGGAAAUGGCACCUGGGACAGCGAGCCCAGUUCCACCCGCUGAGGCACGGCUUUGAUGAGUGGUUCGGAGCCCCAAACUGUCACUUUGGGCCGUACGACAACAGGGACAGACCCAACAUUCCCGUCUACAACAACUCUGAGAUGGUGGGCAGGUACUACGAGGAGUUUCCAAUCAACGUGAAGACGGGGGAAUCAAACCUCACCCAGAUCUACCUGCAGGAGGGGCUGGAGUUUAUCCGCAGACAGGCCGCAGAACGCAGGAGCUUCUUGCUGUACUGGGCAGUUGAUGGCACGCACGCUCCCGUCUAUGCAUCAAAGGCCUACCUGGGAACAAGCAGGAGAGGCUUGUACGGAGAUGCUGUGCGGGAGAUGGACGAGAGUGUGGGCACCAUCCUGCGGGAGCUGCAGAAACAGGGCAUCGCCAACAACACCCUCGUGUUCUUCACCUCCGACAACGGUGCCGCCCUCAACUCUGCCCCCAAGCAAGGGGGCAGCAACGGGCCGUUCCUGUGUGGGAAGGAGACCACUUUCGAGGGGGGCAUGAGGGAGCCCGCCAUCGCCUGGUGGCCCGGGCACAUUCCUGCUGGCCAGGUGAGUGAGCAGCUGGGCACACUGAUGGACCUGUUCACCACCAGCCUGGCCCUAGCCGGGCUACAGCCCCCCACUGACCGGCAGCUGGAUGGCAUCGACCUCUCUCCCGUCAUCCUGCAGAAUAAGCUCGUUGACAGGCCGGUGUUUUAUUACCGGGGCAAUGAGCUGAUGGCAGUACGGGCCGGACUCUACAAGGCACAUUACUGGACCUGGAGCAACUCAUGGGAGGAGCUGGCACGUGGAAUUGACUUCUGUCCGGGACAGAACGUGACGGGCGUAACCACACAUGACCAGCGGGACCACUCUGUCCAGCCCCUGCUCUUCCACCUUGGCCGCGACCCCGGAGAGAAGUACCCCAUCAGUUUCUCGAGCCAUGAGUAUGAGGAUGCUGCCCUGACCUUCUCUGCCGUGGUGCAGCAUCACCGGGCUUCCCUGGUGCCGGGGGAACCACAGCUCAACGUGUGUGAUCGAGCCGUCAUGAACUGGAGUCCUCCGGGCUGUGAGAAGUUGGGCAAGUGCCUGAACAUCCCCCCGUCCAGCCCAUGGAAGUGUGACUGGCCGCACUAACGCCCCCGUCUGGAGCCGCGGGGAGAGAGCGGGGCGCUGCCCCUCCCCGACCCUAUCCCCAGAGGUGAUGGGUCACGGCCAGGUGUGGGGUUCAUGGACACGGCAGGAGGCAUCGGCUGUUGGGGUGCGGAUUGGGGACUCACGCAGAUUGUGGGGAGGGAGGGUCAUUUGCAGUGGCGGCCAGUCGGGGACAUCACGGGGCUGAUGGGAUCACAAGCAGAUGGGACGGGAGGGUUACAGGCACCGGGGAUAGGGGUGGAAGGUACAGACAGAUGGGGGGCUACAGGCAGACGGGGAAGGUACAGACAGAUGGGGGGCUACAGGCAGACGGGGAAGGUACAGGCUCCGCGGGGCACGGUGUCUGUGUGCUCGGACCUGGCGGCUGUAAUCCUCGGCAUUGAGGCCAAUGUUGGAAUGGUAUUAAUGAAAUUAAAGGCACUCCAUGGCAAUGCUCACCGUGCUUGCACCGAGACCGGUGAUUUCCCGGCACAAACAGCCGGUGAGUGUGAUCCUCUGUCAUUACCGGGCACACUGUCGGUGGACACAGCUGGGAGUCCAAGUGUUGCCAAGGACAAGCACACGGGAACAACGUCAGGAGCAGGUGACCUCACUCUGCACUGAGAAACAAUUAACAAUGUCCUUGGGGAAGAGUGAUCAUAAUAUGAUGGUUUUUCACUGAACGGGAAAGAAGAAUGCAGAGCUUGUCUCUGAGCGAGAGUAAGUGAAGGUGUGAGGGGCAUAUUGGCUGUGGGUUGAGUUUAAGUUGAGCUUAUUUUCCCCUGUACUGAUGUACAGUGCACAGCUGUGGCCAUGGGUGACAGAGUGGCUGCAUUCUCUGUGCACUAUCAGCAUCUUUAAUGGCUGACAUUGAAAGAAGUCCAUUAUAAACUAAAAGAAAGAAAAAUGUUCCAAGCGCGCAACCCCGUGGGUGAGUAACUUAUUGUUAGUUGUGCAGGGAAUUGAGUUAGCAAAAAACGAAGGGAUGGGGCUGUUAAAGUUGUCAGUAGAGACUGUAUUGAGGUUGGGAGUGUUUUCAACUCAGGAAAGGAACAAGAAAUGAUAAAGAUAAGGUGGAAUACCUUUGAAAACUA